AUGCUCAACCUGCUGUUGCAAGAGGUGGAGCUGGGACUUGGUGGCCGUCAGGGUACCGAUCCCGUUUGGAGCCAGCGGAGCAGGACGAGCCUCUGGGCCCCACCAACGCUCCUGGAGGUGGCAGGGAAGAACCUGCUGAGGAAUGUCCUUGGCAGCGCUGCUCUGCAGGAGCUGCCCAUGGAGCUCUUCCCGCCGCUGUUCAUGGCAGCCUUUAGCAGGAGGCGCAGAAAGACCCUGAAGGCGAUGGUGCAGGCGUGGCCCUUCGCCUGCCUCCCUCUGGGGGCUCUCAUGAAGGAGCGGAAGUUUCACCGGGAGACCUUCCAAGCCAUGCUUGACGGGCUCGACGUGCUGCUUGCCCAGGACAUUCGCCCCAGAAGAUGGAAACUGCAAGUUCUGGAUUUACGCAAAAAUGCUCAUCAGGACUUCUGGACCGUGUGGUCUGGAACCAGGGUCGGUGCCUGCUCGUUGGUGGACAAUGAGGCCACCCAGCCCCUGAGGAAGAAGCAGAAAGUGGACAGGUCCAGGGCUGGGGUGAGACAGUCGCCGGCCCCCCUGGAGGUGCUUGUCGACCUGUGCCUCAAGGAAGGCAGCCGUGACGAAAUGCUCAGCUGUCUCCUUGAGAAAGCCAAGGAGAGGGAGGGGCUGCUGCACCUGUGCUGUAGGAAGCUGCGGAUCUUCGCGAUGCCCAUGCAGAACAUUAAGACGAUUCUGAAAAUGGUGCGGCUGGACUCUGUCCAGGAUCUGGAGGUGAGCUGCACCUGGAAGCUGUCCACACUGGGCAAGUUUGCUCUGCACCUGGGCCAGAUGAGGAAUCUGCGCCGCCUCCUCGUCUCCCACAUCCACAUGUCUUCCUGCGCGUCCCAGGAGAAGGAGGAGUGGGUCAGCCAGUUCACCUCUCAGUUCCUCAGUCUGCACCACCUCCAGGAGCUCUACUUGGACUCUAUUUCCUUCCUGGAAGGCCGCUUGAACCACAUGCUCAGGUGCCUGAAGAGCCCCUUGGAGACCCUCUCAAUCACUAACUGCCUGCUUUCGGAACUAGACCUGAAGCAUCUAUCCCAGAGCCCCACCAUCUGUCAGCUGAAAGACCUGGGUCUCAGCGGCGUCAACCUGACCAGUGUGAGCAUGCGGUCCCUGCAGGUUCUGCUGGAGCGAACCUCCGCCACCCUCCAGGACCUGGACUUGGAUGAGUGUGGGGUCGUGGACCCCCAGUUCAGUGCCAUCCUGCCUGCUCUGAGCCGCUGCUCCCAGCUCACCACCUUCAGUUUCUGUGGGAACCCCAUCUCCAUGGCCGUCCUCGAGAACCUCCUGUGCCACACCAUCGGGCUGAGCAAGCUCAGCCACGUGCUGUACCCGGCCCCGCUGGAGAGUUACGAAGACGUGCGAGGCACCCUGCACCCGGGGAGGCUCGCCUACCUGCACGCCAAGCUGAAACGGAUGCUGCGGGAGUCGGGGCGGCCCAGCAUGGUCUGGUUCAGCGCCAACCCCUGUCCUCACUGUGGCGACAGGACCUUCUACGACCCAGAACCCAUCCUGUGCUCCUGCUACAUGCCUGUCUAAGGGUCCACACCUCAUUCUGGGCGUGUGCACACCGAAGCUCAGGGUGUAAGGAUCGUGGGGGGACGUGCACCACGGUUUCAGAUCCCUGCUUAGUGUGAGCAGGAAGAAGCAAAGUGGUGGGGGGGGGAGGGGAGGAGAGCAGUUGCUCACUGGGGUUGUUGUUCUGUGGGAGGUGCAACCUACUAGUUGUAAAUGGAGGGGGAUUUGGGCUUGGGAGGUAUAUGUGGGAGUUAUCCCUGUGUGGAUGUUUAUAAAGAAAUGGUCAGAAAUAAAGAAACCUUCACGUUAA